AUGUCUUCCGAACCAGAGGACCACGGUGUGAUCGAGUAUGGCUCCGAAGUCUUAAGGCCCUGCGGCCACAGUGAAUCGAACCAAACCGAGGCAAAGAGUGCUCAAUCUGCUUCAUCUCGGGCGGGGCCUUCCUCGAACUAUUCACCACCGAUCAGCCCCGAGGAUGAGGAGGAACAGGAAGACGGACAAGACACUGGACUGGCUGGUGGCUCUGCGGGCCCCUCAACUAAGAAAAAGAAGAAAAAAUCAAAGGGAAAGGCAUCAUCUAAGAAUGCGUUGGAGGUCCCAGCCGAUGAUGGAUCUCUUAUUGAAGAUCACUCUACUUCUGAGUCACACAAAAUGAUAAUCGAACAAAUCCGGGCUCAAAACGGUGACGAGGUUGCCGAUCGCAUCGGUGCUCUCGGCCCAAAAGAAUUGGGGAAGAUGAUGGAUCAAAUCCGACUCCUAGAAUUGAUGGAUGGCAAGAGUGGAGGUUCUCGUAAAAACAACAAAGAUAUGGCCGAUCACAAGUUUUGGGCAACUCAACCUGUCAGGCGUCUUGACGAGCAGGAUUCGAAUUUUGAGGAAGGUGAAAUCGAACCUAGCAAAUCAGAGGAAGAAAUCCGAAAGAACCCUCUGGCCCUCCCUGAUGGAUACGAGUGGUGUACUCUUGACUUAGGCGAUGAGACGCAACUACGAGAGCUGUAUGAGCUGUUGACUGUAAACUACGUCGAAGAUGACGAUGCCAUGUUCAGAUUUGAUUAUACUGCGCCUUUUAUUGAGUGGGCUCUGAGACCUCCCGGCUUUGUGCAAGAUUGGCAUGCCGGAGUUCGAGUGGCUUCUGGAAAGCGGAGAUUAAUAGCUUUUAUUGCUGGGAUUCCUAUGAAUCUACAAGUCCGAUCUGCUCGCAAAGCCUGUUCCGAAAUCAAUUUCCUCUGUAUUCACAAGAAGCUGCGAUCGAAACGUUUAGCACCGGUCCUCAUCAAAGAAAUCACUCGAAGAUGCAACAUGCAAGGCGUAUUCCAAGCUAUUUACACCGCCGGAAUUUUUCUUCCUACACCCAUCUCCCGUUGCCAAUAUUAUCACCGGAAUCUAAACCCGGCCAAACUCAUAGCGACUGGCUUUUCCCCACAACCAAGAGGAGUAUCUGUUGCCCGACUUAAGCGAAUGUAUGACUGCCCCACUCAACCUCAAAUACCCGGCUUUCGCGAAAUUGAAGAAAAAGAUGUCGAUGCUGUCGCCGUCUUGCUCAGGCGAUACAUGAGCCGUUUCGACUUGAUUCCAGUUAUGUCUGAUGAUGAAGUUCGCCAUAACUUUAUCAGUGGCAAGGGCACUGGGCCGGUGGUAAAUGGGAGAAGAAAUCAACAAGUCACAUGGACUUUUGUGGUUGAGAAUCCGACAACUCACUUAAUUACCGAUAUGGUCUCGUUUUAUCAUUUGCCAUCGACGGCUAUGAAAUGUACUCCUCACCAAACCAUCGAUGCGGCGUACCUCUUCUACUACGCUACCACUGCAGCCUCAUCCUGUGCCCAUCUAGGUCAGCCAACUGAGCCCCAAGAAGAACCUAGCCAAAUGGCCCUGGCCGAACUCAGUGAACUGCCUAACUGGUCAGGAGAGACUCCCGAGGCACGUCAAAUGUUGAAGAAGCGCUUGAUCAGUUUGAUAGGGGAUGCUCUGACAAUGGCUCAACAGGCCAACUUUGAUGUGUUUAACGCAUUGACGUUGAUGGACAACUCAUUGUUUGUCAAGGAGCUACAGUUCGGCGCCGGCGAUGGAUACCUGCAUUAUUAUCUCUAUAACUGGAAAGUUCAUCAAAUUCGUGGUGGGGUCCCUGGGGAACCUGGCUCUGAAGAGGCCGCCUCACAGGCAACCACUUUGGGAAAACAAUCGAUUGAGGCACCGGGAGUUGGCAGUGGCAUAGGGGUGGUAAUGUUGUAA